CCUACUUGAUUUGAUUUCAAUUCCAUCAAUCACAAAGUCUCUUCUCAAACUUCAUUGAGAUGUUCAUCACGGUCCAAGAGCUUGCCAAGGAGCGCUACGUGGUCGAGGUACCGCGUGAAGCGACCGUGGAAGCCCUCGUUCAAGCUAUCGCUGCCGUACGUCCCUCGAUCAACUUGGCAGACGUGAAGCUCGAGUUCCCAGGUAAGACUUUCCCAACAACGCGAUCUUUGUGGGAAUUCCUCUUGUGUUUCCAUGGCGAUAGAGGGACGAGAAAUUACGACUGGCGCACUGGCGGCAGCUGGGAUUGAUGAUGGAUCUACCGUGUUCUUGCAAGCGUCGCCUUCUUUGGGUCAUCAUGAGGAUGCAGAAUCUGUGACUUCUGACGAAAUGUCCAGCACCAUCAUCGUCACGAACAUUCCUAUUGCGGACAAGAUUGCCACUGAACAUGCUGUCGCUGCUCUCUUUACCAAGAGCGGACCGAUCAAACGCCUCAUCUUGCAAGAGGAUGGAGACAAUGUGUACCAGCACGCUGUCAUCGUGUUUGCGUCCCCCGAAGCCGCGAGCAUUUCGUUGCAUCAUUCAGGCGCGACCUUGUUGAAUGGCGUCAUCACUGUGGUGGCUGCCAAUACCUUGUCUGCAGAUGCCCCCCACCCUUCUCGAUCUGGGGCUGCUGUCAAGUCCAUCGCAAAAGUGUUUGCCGGUGGCAUUUCUUCGGCCAAGGGCUUCGACGAACACCACAAGAUCUCGUUGUCUGUCAAAAGCGCGGCUGAAGUCGCCAAGUUGAAGGCCAAAGAACUCGACUCGCAGUUCAAAGUUUCGGAAAAGAUCUCUGAAGUGGACGAGAAGUACCACGUGUCGGAAAAGGCGACCAAAGCCACAAACUUUGCGAUCGGGACGGCCAAGUCGGCGAUGGCCAACCCCGUCGUGUCGACGGGCGUCAAGAAGCUCGGGAGCAUGUUCUCGUCCGUGAUGACCUUGGCGUCGCACGCCGUGGACGAAGUCAAGACCCAGAUCAAAGUCGAAGACGAGAAGCGGUUGAAGAGCCCCACGAGACAAUCGGGGGACAUCGCGGCGCCGCUUUUCCCCGUCCCCGAUGCGGCGGCGGCUUCCGCGGCGGUGGUGCCCCCUCCUCCCCUUCCGUUUGUCGCGUCUGUCGCGCCACCUGCUCCCGGUGGAAACUACAAGGACAUUUAAGCCAAGGAUAAAAUCAUGUGUUCGCUCGUUUAUUGCGGUUGUGAUUAGCACUCCAAGUAGCGUUAACGUACCCUAUUACUAUUAAAUAUUAACUCCCCUUGGAC